UACGGUCGAAGCUUCUCGUCGCUUUGAAAUUCCGGAAUCAGAUAUAAGAUUCAGGCGCCCGUCAUUUUUAAGUCAAGAGUCCAAACAGUAACAACUGUGAAAUUUCUGAGUGAAAGCGUUCGUUAAAAAAAAAACAAAUUAAAACAAACAAAAUGGUUCGUCGUGGACGUUCAGCCAGCCCCCCGCCCUCCACCCGCCGCACCGCACCUGUGCAGGCCCGUGCUCCCGCUCCAGCGCCCGCUGCUGCCCCAGUGCCGGCUCGUGCCGCUGCCCCGCCCCCACCGCCGGCGCCUAUGAGCGCUCCGCCCAGCGCCGUCGGCAUGCCGGCACCCCAGCAGCCGUCGAUGUUCCAGCAGAUGGCUGCCACCGCCGGAGGCGUGGCCGUGGGAUCGGCAAUUGGACACACUGUCGGUCACGGACUGACCUCGCUGUUCAGCGGAUCCGGCGACAAGGAGGCAGCUGCUCCCGCUCCGGCAGCCGCGGCCCCAGCCCCCCAGCAGCCGUACUAUGCCCAGCAAGCGCAGCCAAACGAACCGCAGGGUGCCUGCGCCUUUGAGCUCAAACAGUUCAUCCAGUGCGCCCAGGGGCAGGCGGAUCUGACCCUCUGCGAGGGAUUCAACGAGGCGCUGCGGCAGUGCAAGCAGAGCCACCAUCUCCAGUAGAGGAUCCGUCUCCGGUAGACUAGCACCUCUGGCCAACACCAGGAUGAACACCCGUUCGGAAGACUCCCUCGGAUUACCAAACCCCUCGUUUAGUUUUUAAUUGUUUAAUUGCAAGCAUCUAAAAGAGAGCAUUGUUUUAUUGUAGUGCAAAUUGAAAUGUUAAAUAGAAAAUCCCAUUGGCAGCCCAAAUGAAACCCUCUUCCACAAAAAACUAAGAAAACUAAAACCCUCGGGCUGUCAAUGUGGGCCAAAACAAAAGAAA